AACGUGGUAUGAAGGUACUUAUAAGAUGUGCACUUCUCGAAUGACAACCCCAGUCGAUUUCCACAUCGAGACCUCAUCAUCCGCAUCAAACCAACCUCUUCUUCCACAUGGACAGCACGCCAUUUUCGCAGAGUCCGCAGCCCGCGAGGGAUAACAGAUCUGCUGCUCAGCGACGUUACAGGAAGAAGGAGGAGGAAGGGUUUUUGCAGCUUCGUGAUGCCCUUAAGGAGGUGGCCAAAGAUGAUCCGCGAACAAGGCAAGACAUCUUGAGGAGAGCUUCCUGUGAGCUUAGACGCCUGGCGGAUGAAAAUAAUCUGCUGCUGCAACAGAAGGCACUGAUCGAGGCUUGUAACGCUUCCAGAGCGAAUUAUAGAUGUGAACAUCCUCAAUCACCAUCAAGCAGUGUGAUAUACGAGGAUCCUGUGGAGUGUUGGGCACAUGAUAGGACCAAUACGGCACAGAUCGCGACGCGGUCAGACGCGGCGCGCCACCGUGUGCUGGAUGCUGCAAUGUCGCCCAACGCGACCAUGCCCACAGCACAAGACCUUAAAUGGUUUACCCAGUUGUACGAUGCGACCGCGGCGCAAGACAGUAGUCUGUUUGACUCAGAUCCGUGGGCACAGCAGCAACUUGAAAGCGGGGAUUUCGCCAGACGACCACAUAGUGGAAGUGGUUAUUAUGCAAGGUGUGGCAACUGUCAGCCUGGAGAAUGGAGUGGGUGACCCCCAGGCGAGGGUGGUAGAGUAGCAGCAAGGGGCAGGUCCCUCACUGAUACAUAUAGGUCCAACGCAAUCUGAGCAAUAUUUGAAUCUAGAUGUGUUUAAAAAAAAGUAUUGUAGACAUAAAACGAAGUCGUAGGAAUAUUUUAUUAAUUAAUAAUCAACCUUU